GCGGGCGCAGGACCCGCCGGGACGGGGCAAGAGGAGGCAGCAGCUCCGCACCGAGUGUUCCCGUUGGUUGGCGCGGGGCGGGGCGGCCCCAGGCCCCUUUGUUCUGCGGGAGGCGGUAGCGCGCCAGCCCCAUCGCUUUGUCCGCCGCCGACGGCGGGAGCCGCUCGUCACGGCAUAUCAGUUUGAGCCAACUGCCUGGACAGAAUGAGCUGGAGUUUUCUGACACGGCUCCUGGAGGAGAUCAACAACCACUCGACCUUCGUGGGCAAGAUCUGGCUUACUGUCCUCAUUGUCUUCCGCAUCGUGCUGACGGCUGUGGGGGGUGAAUCCAUCUACUAUGAUGAGCAGAGCAAGUUUGUUUGUAACACGCAACAACCUGGCUGCGAAAAUGUCUGCUACGAUGCCUUCGCCCCCCUCUCGCAUGUCCGCUUCUGGGUCUUCCAGAUCAUCAUGGUGGCCACGCCAUCUGUCCUCUACCUGGGCUUCGCCAUGCACCGCAUUGCUCGCAUGCCUGAGUCCUUGCGGCGCCGGGCACCGGGAGCCCAGCGGGCACGCAUGCCAGUGGUACGCCGAGGAGCCGGGCGGGACUAUGAAGAGGCAGAGGAUGAUAAUGAAGAAGACCCCAUGAUCUUUGAAGAGAUCGAGGUGGAGAAGGAGAAGAGCCCAGAGGGCGGAGAGAAGCAUGACGGCCGGCGCCGCAUCAAGCAGGACGGGCUGAUGCGUGCCUAUGUGCUGCACUUGCUGUGCCGCUCACUGCUGGAGAUGGCUUUCCUCUUCGGGCAGUACCUGCUGUAUCGCUUCGAGGUGAGCCCCUCCUAUGUCUGCAGCCGCAGCCCCUGCCCACACACCGUUGACUGCUUUGUCUCCCGCCCCACAGAGAAGACCAUCUUCCUUCUCGUCAUGUACGCUGUCAGCGGGCUCUGCCUCUUCCUCAACCUCUGUGAGCUCUUGCACCUCGGUGUGGGACGCAUCCGUGAUGCCCUGAGCCAGACCAAUAGCUCCCCACUCCCAACAAGCAGCAGCCCCUCACCACAGUACCCCAAGAAAGCCCCCAGUGCACCCCCUACCUACCACUCACUGAAGAAGGAGCCACUGCGAGCCCCACUGCCCGAUGGCAAGCUGGACUACCAGGAGAGCCUGGCACAGGCAGCAGGGCACUUUACCCUGGCCGGGGCUCCCCCAGCACAUGAGCUGGCCCGGCUGCGUGAGCACCUGCGCCUGGCCCAGGAGCACCUGGAGGUGGCCUUCCACCUCCAGCCCCCCCUCCAGUCCCCCAGCCCUGCCCGCAGCAGCAGCCCUGAGGCCAAUGGCAUCGCCGCCGAGCAGAACCGCCUCAACCUCGCCCACGAGAAGGGGACCACUGCCUGUGACAGGACCACAGGGCUGUGAAUGUCGCCAGGGACAUCAGUUUCUGCCAGAGCGGCUGCUGCCACCACCGUGGGACAGGCAACCUGCCUGGAGUGCAGGGUGGAGAGUGACACGUGCCUGUCUGGCAGGGCUGGCUGGGCAGCCCUGUCCUGGUGGGCAGUGGCAGGGAUGGGGGCCUUGAGGGACAUUCCUACUUAAUUUUCACAAAGGGAAUAUCUUAUUUUUGUAUGUUUUUAUAAACUUGCCAGCGUGUGCA